AUGGAACCAUCAGCUUCAGCUCCGCCUAAACCGUGGGAGAAUGCAGCAUCCUCAUCUGGGCCUGCACCUUUUAAACCCCCGUCAGCAGGUAGCACGAGUGAUGUAGUUGAGUCUUCAGGGACUGCAAAACCUGGGGAAAUAGUUUCAGCUUCCAAUAACACUGCAACUGUCAAUAGGAAUGCUCUGGGGAGACCCCUUCCCACAAGGCCUUGGGAGCAGAAUUAUGGAAGUACCAGCUAUGGAGGUUAUGGUUCUACAAUGAACUACAAUUCUGGAUAUGGAUCGCAUGGUGGAGUGGGAGGGUUGUAUGGUGGAGGAAUGUAUGGCGGAGGAAUGUAUGGCGGUGGAAUGUACGGCAACAGUAUGUAUAGGGGAGGAUAUGGGGGGCUUUAUGGGUCAUCUGGGAUGUAUGGAGGGGGAAUGUAUAAUGGUGGCUUUGGUGGUCCAAUGGGUGGUUAUGGCCUGGGUGGUGGCCCUUAUGGAGCUGAAGAUCCCAAUAAUCCAUAUGGUGCUCCUUCGUCUCCUCCAGGAUUUUGGAUUUCUUUUAUACGUGUGAUGCAAGGCGUGGUUGACUUCUUUGGCAGGAUUUCAAUUCUCGUAGACCAGAACACGCAGGCUUUCCAUAUGUUCAUGAAUGCACUUCUUCAGCUUUUUGAUCGGUCUGGUGUAUUGUAUGGAGAGCUAGCUAGAUUUGUGUUGCGGUUGCUUGGAAUCAAAUCUAAGCCCAAGAACAUUAACCCUCCAGGUCCAGACGGACUUCCACUGCCAGGGCCACACAGUUCCUCUGCAAAUCAGAACUAUAUUCAGGGAUCAAAGGUUCCUCCUAGUGGUUCUUGGGACAAUGUAUGGGAAUAUGAUGCCAAUAAAUGA